UUAGACAAGAUGGCAGCCUCCUUCGCGAUGGGGCCAGGGGAUAGAAUAUUUUUCAUAUACGAUCGUUCCGUCGUCAAAAAGGAAGAAGAUGAUCCUAAGGAUGCUAUCGUCUACUUUUACCCACAAACUACUACACUUGAUAUGCAGUGUAUAUUUUGCUGUCAAAUCGUGGGAAUGUACAACCUGACCAAGAGCAUCACUGGAUCUACACCAAAGCUGUUUAAAUUGCGACGAAGUAAAGUAGCAACUGUCCACGAGGGGAAAUUUACACUGGCUCUUGCCUGUAAGCUCAGGACUCCAGAUGCAGCCAUCAUAAACAAACUGGAAAACUUGUACAGAGUGUUCGCUUUCUACCAUUGCUCUAUAACAAAUGUACAACGAAUUUCUGGAACUAAAGAGGCGUUUAUAUCCAAUAUGUCUGCCAUCUGGGAUUUCUAUGUGCCUUAUGUCCGUCGCUAUGGCAACACAGUGCCAGGCAUCUUCGAGCCCAUUCAGAGUAUAAGACUAUUAAAGGGUGGGAAUUUUUUAUUCCUGAGAUGCUCUCAUCUUCUGCAAUGGAUGAAGAGUCAAUCAUCUCUCCUUGCUGGAUGUAUUCUCUACAGGCGUAGUGUUCUGUGCACCCAGCUGACCCCUGAGUUGACCUCUCAUCUUCUUCUCAUCAAGCCAAAUCAGCAUCAUCAUCCGUCCCAGUCUGUCACAGACACCGUGCUACCAUUCGGUGUCCGCAUCAUGUCAGUUUACGUUACCAAGCAGCAAUACCGUCAAAUCCUGACCCCAACCCAGCCCUCCUCAAAAUCAACCAGUUGUGCCACGCCCGAAGAUGAGGAUGUCUUCCACACCCCUCCUACCUCUCUGACCGAGAAGGUAGAUGGGAAAACUUUGAUGCCGAAUGGAACCCCUGCAAAACCAAAGAGAAAACUCAAAAGCUCAAAAGCCGGCACACUUUUAUCAAACUUCAGCGGCAUUUUGGAUGGGACAGUGUGGCAAACCACUCCUAAGUCUGGUAUCUCUAGAUCGCAGUCGUCAUCGGGAGGUAAGAAGGGAGGGAGUCUUAAGGGAGGGUCACCAUCAGAAUCUCCGAUGAAGGACGUGAAUGACGUCGUCUUGUCGAGGAAUAGCGGUGAUGUCGUCGUAGCUCUUCAAGCCGAGGAGGGUUUCCCGGCGAACAAGUUAUCUGGGAUUGCAUAUCAGGAAUGUCAGACAAGUAUAACUUCUAAAAACUCAGAGGAGAAUGAGGACACAAGGAAGGUGCUGGACGCCGUUGAUUGCUCAGUGACAUUGCCAAACUCAUUAAAAAGUGACCAUCACAUGGAAAACUCAAAUGAAACUGGGUCAAUCCGAAGAAAUACUAACGGACACUUACGGAAUCGUGUUCCGGUGGAUGAACGUGGAGAUGUAAAAAUUAUUCAGGAAUGUCUUACUCCAUCCAAAGAUGAUCCUAAAGAGUCUGUAAAGAUAUUACAAGUAGAUGAAGAAGCUAUCAAUGGUAGCACAGAUUGUUCAAUUAAAAAAAGCUCUUGUGUUGGAAGUGGGGAAAUGAAUUACUACAUUUCAGAGCAAAAUACCAAUCAUUUACACACGUCCAAAGAACACCUUCGAAAUAGCCAGGUUCCAGUAAAAGAGGCAACAGGAAAAUACUCACAUUCCAUCUUAGAGAGUCUGGGUGCAGACAGACCAGAUCUUCUAAGAAGCAGGAGCGACGAGCAUCGAGACAACCCUGACUUGCUUCAGUCCUCUUCGAUAAAGACAUCCAUCAGAAAUGACGACUUGGAUCAGAGAGAAGUCCAAGAUAAGAAUGCCAAUUUGAAAUGUCAUCAAUGUGAGACUCCCAUAGGGGUGCCUCUUUCUCCUGAGGCUGAAGAUGCGGUCUCUUGGGUUACCCUGGGAGAAGAAAUCGAAAGAGGAACUGCCAUGAAAGGUGACGUUGAGACAAAUUUGUUGUCAGAGAAGAGGGUUCUUUCUCUGGAGGCUGAAGAUGCGGCCUGUGGGGUUUCCUUGGGAGACGGUACCGGCACUGUCAUGAACGGUGAUGUUGAGAUCAAUUCAUUUUCAGAGCAUGAAAAACUGGAUGGGGACGAUGAAAAGCAAAACCUGACAAGAACGAACACUGAGACGGUGAGCCCAAGCACCAGGUCAGGGGUCAACCCGAAAGCUCUCAAUGUCUGCAAGGAAUCUGAGAAUAAAGAGAAUAUUACACAAGACAUUCCAGAAGACUUCAAGGGGGUGUCGGAGCAAUGCGCACGCCUCUCUGGUGUGGGAUCAUUGGAAGAGCAACCUGGCAGCGACGAGUGUUAUCAUCAGAGCGUAACGGACGGAGAUGGCUCGGUGGGUUCUUCGGAAUCUGACAAGACGUUACAAUUCUCAUUGUCGACGUCGGGUAUCGAGAGCAAAGAAGAGGAGGAUGCUGCAGAGGAAGUUGAAGAGGUGAGAGAGCAAUUGAUCGAGGCAAAGGAGAAACUAUCUGAAGAUGUGGAAGAUGUAAGAAGCCAAGAUUCUGAGAGUGAUGAUGCAGCAAAUCUUGAUGAAUCUGAGCCCACCCUGGAUGAUUUAGUGAAUGUCAGCCUGUACGUCCAGGCCCACUCCGACACCACGUUGCUGUUUCUGGCUGAUAAAUCCAUCAUGCAGGAAAAGGACAUGCUCAAUAAGUUGUGGCAAUCAGUUUUGAGGGAACUUGGCGAACUGGAGCUCCAAUUGAAGAACGUUGUGAGACCUGAAAGAUCUUUGGAUACCAAAUCUGCUUACAACUUCAUCCACUUCGAUAACCACGGCCAGACAUUGGAAGGUAACAUAGUGAAUCCUGUAAACCAGACAGAGUCCUUAUUCUGUCGUAGCUGCCAAAUCUUACAUGAUCAGUUUCUUGGAGAUGAAACGCUGACUGACGUUACACUUAGAAAUCACCAGACAGUUGUCUGUGCCCACCAAAACGCCUGCCACCAUACAUUCUAUCAGAGGAUAUGUAAGAGCAACCCAAGUGUGGGAAUUCCGUCUCGAGAUGACGCCGACUUCUACAUACAGAACAGAUGGAAAGAUGCACUUAAAGAGCAAAAUAUAAACUUACUGUAAAGUUCCUGCAACUAGGAGGUCUGUAUGCAUUUUAUAUAUUAAAGAUGGGAUCCAAAGUUAAUAGUUUUGUGAUGCAAUUAUUUCCCAAUACAUAGAGUCCAGGUUGAUGGCGGCACUUUCUGAAAUGUAUGAUACCUUCCCGAGGGCAGUCUAUCCAACCGUCAAGAAAUUCUCAGGGAACUGGAAUUUGUCCUUCGUUGCUAUUGAGUUGUUUUCUCAUUUGAUGCCCAUAAAUUCAUUUGGCACUUCCAAAAAGCUCCUUGGAAUCUUUAACUUCUGGGGUGAUCAAAGAGUGGAAGUGCCAUCAUUUCAAUGCACUUUUUAAGACCUGGAUCCUCUGAUCACCCCUGUCAGGUGAAUGGACCUUUCCCAUGAAAUAUUUAAAUUACAUAUGGCACAUGCGAACUAGUCUACUGGCGGGCAAAUUGAGGGAACCUUGCACCUUUCUGUAACGAUGGAAGUGUGACGCAUACAGUAGUACACAACUCUAUGGCAUUUGCCAACCAAAUGUAGCAUGCCUGCAUGAAUGGAAUCAGAAUAUGCAGUAAUGUGGGGUUUAAGAAGAGAUUUGAUAUCUUAAUUUGUUCGUGCUGCUCAAAUACUUAUAUAUUUUUUGAUUGGUUGACAGAGGAUAUACUUAAUCUAUACUUGGCAUAAUAACUGUAAUAACAUAUUUCUAACUAUAUUUUUGUAAUAAUAAUCACUUCAAAAUGUGCAAAUUGAUUUAAUGAAUUGAAUAAUAGGAAUAUAAGUCCUGAAAUUAAUAUAUAAAAAACAAGAAGUAAUGAUUUGUUUGUGUUUAUGUGCUAUAGCUUUGAAAAACACUAGCAUCAUCAUACGUUUCUAAAGGAACACGAUGCCUUGGAUCGGAUGUGUUGGUCUAUAAAAAGCGUUUGUAACCGUUUGUUAUGAAAUGCAUAUA